AUCAUUAUGUCAAAUGGCAAAAAUAUCUGCGUUUGCUGGAUUUUUAAUCGUGAAAAAAAUUGAACUGCGAGAGUUUUGAUAAACCAUUUCAGUCUUUACCUUUUAUAAACCAAGAAGAUUGAUAGCAAACAUUGUGUUAUUGUAGAUUGCAAGGUCUGUGAGCUCCAUUCUCCUACGAAGAUGGAGCUAUCACAUAGUCUGACACUAAAUGAGGAUGCCCUCAACCAACUGCCAGAACAGAAGCGUCCAGUGUUUAUCUUCGAAUGGCUCCGUUUUCUUGAUAAGGUACUCGUUGCUGCUCAAAAAUCGGACAUCAAAGGUUGUCAGAAAAAGUUAGUUGAACAACUGACGCAGCACAUUCAAGGUUCACCAGGACCUCCAACGAGGAAGCUGAUCGCUCGCUGUCUUGCAACGCUAUUCUCCGUAGGAGAUACAUUUCUGUUGUUCGAAACUGUGAACAAGUGUAACGAUAUCUUAAAAAAUAAGGAUGAUUCUCCAAGUUAUCUUGCUACGCGACUAGCCGCAAUAUGUGUCGUGGGUUGCAUGUACGAGAAGCUUGGACGAAUGAUGGGUCGAUCAUAUGAGGAAACCGUACACAUUUUAGUAAAAUCGUUAAAAAAUGCUGAAUCGCAAGUUCGAAUAGAAAUAAUGCUUACCCUUGAGAAGGUUUGUGCUGGAAUGGGUUCAGCAGUUUCUAAUGUUCACAAAGAUAUCUAUAAAGCCGUUCGUUACUGUCUUACCGAUCGCGUGAUGGCAGUGCGAGUAGCAGCAUCCAAUUGCUUGCUUGAGAUGACCAAACACGCACCAUUCUUGUACACCACCGAGCUGGAAAGUUUGGCUGCGUUGUGUUUCCGUGCGUUCGACAGUUGCAACUACGAAGUGAGAUGUGCUGUUGCAAAAUUACUUGGAACAUUGAUUGCAUGCACGCAGAAUGGCAGUCUUAAAAAUUUUAGUAUGACUUCUUCCGGAUCCAGCACUAAAUCGAUACGACCGACAUCGCUGGACGAAGCACUUGGUGUGUUAAUGUCCGGAUUUCUGCGCGGUGGGGUAUCAUUUCUCAAAGGAACAGGCGAAAUAAUCAAGGGUAGUUCCGGAGUGAAUCGCGAAGUGCGGGUUGGUGUAACUCAUGCAUACGUCAUUUUUGUUCAAACGAUGGGUGGCUUGUGGUUGGAACGAAACAUGCAAGCUUUUUUGGUGCACGUGCUCGAUUUAGUCGCGAAUCCCAAGGCGGCUUCUUCUCAUGUGGAUGCUGUUUACUCUAGGAAGUGUAUCAAUUUCAUUCUGCGGUCAGUUAUUGGAAAAAUGUUAGGAGAAAAAGCACAAACUUCUGCUUGCAAAGAGUUGAUUCAUGUGAUAGCGAAACAAAUGAAUUCCAUUGAUUUCAAUCCGGAAAAUGCAAAAGACUCGAAUCAGGAAACAUUGUUUGGACAGCAUUUGUUAGUAUGUGCGCUCCAAGAGCUCGGGAGCCUAGUCUUACUGCUGGGAACUACAGCGCAAAAUCUUCUGACCGAUCAAUCGCUGAAUUUUAUUGAUGCGACAUGUGCCGUGCUUAUUCAUCCCUGCAUGGCGGCAAGACUGGCUGCAGCUUGGUGUCUACGGUGCAUCUGCGUGGCCGUACCCAGUCAGAUAACUCCUCUGAUUGAUCGAUUCAUUGAUGCAAUUGAGAAAAUGCGAACAUCUCCAGAUGCCAUCUCUGGGUACAGCUGUGCCCUGGCAGCAGUAUUAGGAGGAGUGCGUUCUUCUCCUCUCGGCAUUCCACACACGCGAGGAAAGGUCAUUUUCAAUACAGCAGAAGAGUUACUACGAACUGCUAGUCAGAACAGUAGAUUAUCUUUGAGUAGGACGCAAGCCGGUUGGUUACUGAUUGGAGCUAUUAUGACCCUUGGCGUACCUGUCGUUAAAGGACUGCUUCCACGGAUGUUGCUGUUGUGGCGCAAUGCAUUUCCUCGUUCCACAAAAGAGCUGGACUCGGAAAAGGCUCGUGGAGAUGCGUUUACGUGGCAGGUCACCCUAGAAGGACGAGCCGGAGCCCUCUCCGUCAUGCACAGUUUUCUUCUUCAUUGUCCGGAAUUGGUGACAGAUGAUAUCACUCGUCGUCUUCUGACACCGAUCGAAAGUGCUCUGGCUAUGCUUAUCAACAUAACAUCGGUUCUGAAGAGUUAUGGGCAGCAUUUGAAGGCUCCUACAGCAAUGGUUCGAUUGCGGCUAUACGAAACGCUUUCACUGUUAGCGGCAAACGCUUUGGAAGCGUCAUACACGCAUUUGUUGCGCAUGCUAGUAUCCGAAUUUACGCUGACUGAAAAUCCCGCUAACACAACAACAUCGCUUCUACGGCAAAUGUGUCACGCAGACGAUUCCAUCAUUCUUGGCACGUGGUUGCAGGAGACCGAUCAUCGCACCAUUGAAGAUCAAAUGGAACCAAAUCGUAAAGCUGAUCGUGAAUAUCUUCAACCGAACAGUGCGGCCGGUUCGGGUGCGUUGGAACACGAUCCUUGCUGCCUAUACCGUACUAUUGCCAAAGGAGAGCAAUGUCCUGGACCGCUUCCGCUCGGUGUCGCCGUGAUUGAUCAGUCUGUGACACUGUUCGGACUGAUCUUUCCGAAAGUGGCCAACAAACAUCGCCUGCAGAUGUUGGAACAUUUCGGCGAAUGCAUCAAACACGCAAAGAGUUCCCGCCAGGAAGCAGUACAGAUGAACAUUUUUACAGCACUGCUGAGUGGUCUCAAAGGGCUGACGGAAACAAAAUCCGGUAUUGGUCAAGAAGAAGUGCGGAAAAGUGCUACCAAUUUGAUUAUCAAUGCGUUGAUUUGUACAAAUCCCAUUCUGCGGUGUGCUGCUGGAGAGGCCCUCGGGCGUAUCGCCCAAGUACUCGGAGAUUCAAGAAUCACUGCUGAAUUGGCUCAAACCAGUUUCGAUCGUUUGAAAUCGGCGCGGGAUGUAGUGACUAGGACGGGUCAUUCACUGGCAUUGGGUUGUUUGCAUCGCUAUGUAGGUGGAAUGGGUUCUUCGCAGCAUCUGAACACCAGUGUGUCCAUUUUACUGGCAUUGGCUCAGGAUGGGAGCUCACCGAUCGUACAGGUUUGGUCCCUGUAUGCACUGUCAUUGAUAGCCGACUCGGGUGGUCUUAUGUUUAGAGGAUAUGUUGAGCCCACGCUUUCAUUGGCACUGAAACUGUUGCUUUCAGUGCCGCAGUCGCAUGUCGAUGUACAUCAGUGCAUUGGGCGUGUUCUGAGUGCACUGAUCACUACAAUGGGCCCGGAGUUGCAAGGAAGUGGGGCAACGAUUUGCACUGCCAGAUCCUCAUUCCUCUGUGCUGCCGCUAUUAUGCAAGCUCAUGCGGAUCCGUUAGUACAAGCAGAAGCCACUGGAUGUUUACAGCAGCUGCACCUGUUCGCACCACGCCAUGUCAAUUUAUCGACCUUAGUUCCUAAUCUGUGUCAAAAUCUUAGCAGUAACUAUUUGAUGCUACGUAAAGCGGCAGUUUCCUGUCUACGUCAAUUAACCACUCGCGAAGCGAAAGAAGUCUGUGAACACGCCAUGAGCUUGGUGCGCGAUGAUGAUGGAUUUACUUUGUCGGAUUAUGGAUUACCGGGCGUUUUGUUUGGUAUGCUCGACACGGAGAGUGACAAUGUGAUGGUCAAAAAUAUCCACGAUACCAUAACAUCGAUGCUGCAAAUACUGGCUGCUGACAAUCUGUCUCAGUGGCUCAGUAUGUGUAAAAACGUUCUAACAGUGGCUUCCGAAGCGGCGCUAACGGCGGGACCAGCCGAAGUUGCUGGUGGUGGAGCUAAAGAAGAGCAAGAUGAUGCAGAAGACAACGAAGCAGAUGAUGAUAAUAUUGAGUUCCAUGCCGAAGAUAAUCAAGUUACGCAUCCGGCCGUCCAGCCUCGGUGGCCUACCAGAGUAUUUGCAGCUGAGUGUGUAAGGAAAAUUAUAUCCACAUGUGAAAGUGCAAAUGCGGCCCACUACGAUUUACUAUUGGCCAAAGAAAUGCAAAUAACAAAAUCUCGCGGCGACUAUCUGGUACUGCAUCUGUCCGACCUAAUUCGAAUGGCAUUCAUGGCGGCAACCAGUGAUUCCGAUCAGCUCCGGCUAGAAGGUCUGAAGACAUUACAAGAAAUAAUCGACAAAUUCGCACGUGUUCCUGAGCCGGAAUUUCCCGGUCACCUUCUGUUAGAGCAAUUCCAAGCUCAAGUUGGUGCAGCUUUACGGCCAGCCUUCUCACAAGAUACCCCAUCCCAUGUCACAGCGGCUGCGUGUGAGGUUUGUUCGGCAUGGAUUGGUUCCGGAGUUGCAAGGGAUUUGAACGAUCUACGUCGCGUCCAUCAGUUGCUGGUGUCGAAUUUGAGCAAAUUAAACGAUAAAACCAACAGCACACAGUUGUACAACGAAAGCAUGGCUACACUGGAGAAGCUAAGCAUUUUGAAAGCAUGGGCUCAGGUCUACAUAAUGGCAAUGAUUGGCAACGGGUCUGCCCCGGCCAGUUUAAUGUUGAAAACAUUAUCGUCAUCAUCCAGUACAAUUGCUCCGUUGGUCGGUGAACCAAACAAACCGGACGAGGAAUUUGGAGAUUUUGAAAGUCGCGGAGAAAGCUUGCUGGCACUGGUACAACCGGAGUUGACCAAUCUAUCCACACACUGGUUAGCAGCACUGAAGGAUUACGCUUUGCUUUCACUACCGCCAGACUACGCUAGUCAACUUCCGCACGACGGUGGAGCUUUUUACACAAACGAAACCAUGAAUCUAUCCAAACCGCAUUAUUUAACAUCAUGGCCACCGAUUCUAUAUGCAGCUGCGCUCUGGUUGAAUGCAGAUGGGUUUGCCAAACACGCCACCAAUCCAACUACUGCGACCAGUGACGAAGACAAGGCAAAUGCUAACGAUGUGUCGAGUAUUAAAACCACUGACAAGACUAACCACAACGUUACUACGAGCACAGUGGGUGGCAACGAUAGUCAUACAAUUUCGCAUGGUAGUAUCAGUGCCGACCGGUUCCAUUUGGUCUUCGGAAUUUGCAUGGAGGCACUCUGCAGCACAAGAACAAACGAAAAGCUAGACAGUGUCAUUGCAUGUUUACAGUCAUUGUACACGAUAUUCGACUCGAAGUGGUCCCGUCUGAUGAUGACGAAAAACAAAUCACUUCCCGUCGAGUUGUGUAAUGUGUUACAUCGAUUGAUACUGACACGGGACAGUGUUGAAGUGCAGUACCUGUGUAUCUUGAUACUGAAACAAACCAUUAGCGCAAGUAACGAAUCUCUUGAGUUGGAAAAAUAUGACAAGCAAACAGAAGCAGCGAACAAAACCGAUAACGAGAAUGAAGAGAAUCCCGACAUCGACAAUCUUGGCGAAGGUGGUGAGGAAGGCGAAAUUUUACCGGGGAAAUCGCACGUCUACGCCGUGAUGGAAGUAGUUUUGUGUCUUCUUGCUCGUCAAAUUCCCGCGAUGAAUCCGUCGCAGAGUACACGCGUUGCAACGGAACAAAUUCAGCGACAAAUGACUCAAGCAAAGAACGGACGGUUCAAGUUAUCGGAAGACAAUAGUCUUCUGGUAGCGACCAUUCUGCAAAGUAUGUCGGACCUAACAAAGCUUUGCUCACCUACCGGAGCUCUAUCUAUUCUUCCGACAAUGCUCUAUCUUACUACUGGUGUCAUAAAGGAAGUUGCAACCAAAUCGGUCAACGAUGAAACUAUAAUAGCAAACUCCAAUAUUAUACAAUCGGCAUUGCAGUUACUGAAAACUUUAGCUACCGAUCGAUACGCUAAACAUGAAAUGUCAGCGGAAGCAUGGCGAAAGCUGCUACAGAGUGCGCUCGGUAAAAUUAUAGACCUGACCAAGACAGGCUGCGAGGAAACCAAGCUGGACGAAGUAACCGUGAUGUUGGCCAUAGCAGUUUUUCUGCUGCACACUCCGUCUUCACUGGUAUCGAUACCGAAUUUACAGUAUCCAUGCAUCAAUCAUUUCCGGCAGUGCUUGAUAAGCGGCUCGCCGAUGGUUCGUUUGAAAUGUGUUCAAACGAUGCGUUCAAUUUUCAUCAAUACCGACUUGAAAGUUUCCACUCCUUACAUUCAUGCGUUGGCCCCGAGGCUGAUUGAAACGCUGUACUCCGAAACGAACCGGUACCCGCAGAACGAUAUGGAACUGGCAUUUAUACUGGAGGGUAUCUCAACGCUAGAAGCGUUGAUGGCACUGGCAGAGCCUCAAAAUCAAGAAUCAAUACAAGGUAUCCAAAUGCUGACUUUGCUCAUUCCCAUUCUGAUCAAUUACCUACUGGAGCCGGAAGAAUUGCGCACACAUACGAAACAGUCCGCCCAGUUACACGAACAGUCGAUCCAGUGGCUGAUGAAGAUUGGUCCGAAGUAUCCGCAUGAAUUUAAAACGUUCAUGUCGCAGGCACCGGAGUUGCGGACGAAGUUGGAAACGGCUGUCAAGCGCAACCAGAUGACAGCAAUUCAGGCGAAAAACAAAAGCGAGGUCGCCAACGCGGUAGCACGUGCCAGUGCGACACAGCAGCAGAAACCUACGAUCGAGUUGAAAACCGACUUCAGCAACUUUAGCACGACCUAGAAAGUUUUGUGCAUUUACGCUUCAGCAGUUAACUGUUCUUUGCAAUCUAAUAGAAUAAUCAGUAGAAUAUUUACGAAUAAUGAUAAAGCACAUCAUUAAAUUUUUACUUACUGGACGCCUAAGCCUCUAAAUCAAUUGUAAUUUAUCGAAUAGAAUAUAAUAUUGGCUGUAUUUAUUACUAGAAAAGUACCGAGCAGUUUCCUUCCCAAGGGAAACUGCUUAAAUUUAUUUUAUAUUAAUUAAGCGACAAAGCACCUGAUUGUUAUUAUCCGUGUAUUUCAAAAAUAAAGUAUCACUAUACACACUGCAGAGUUGAAAAAUGUUCGAAUAAAUGUGGAAAAUGUCAAAAUUAGUAAGAAACACUGAUCAGUUCUGUAUUGCGAACGAAAUAUAAUACUCACCCUAAACCGUGAAAUAUUUCUAUUUCUCCUCAUGAAUUUAUAUUCAAUAAUGGGAAUGAUAUUGUCUGUCUGCUAUAGACGUGUUAGUCAAGUUAUAUGAUUUUCCGUAUCAUUUGUAAUUAAUUUGGAAAACUGCUCGUAACGUGUGAUUCAGUGAUACUUUUAUUAUAACAUAAAUCUAGUUGUAUAGAAGGUAACAAAAUUAACAGUGUAUUUGUCCUAUUGUGGCAUAAAUUGAUAUUUAAAAAUCAAUGGACGAAUUUUACUUCUGCUAAAUAAAUAUCGCUUCUGUUCUAGA